AUGGCCCACGAUAUGGCAAUUGACGCUGCCGAGCUGUUUGGAACCAUCUUUGAGGCACUGAUAUACGGCUAUUCUUGUGCUUUGGCACUGGAUGCAAUCCGUACUCUCAAGCAACGGGAUAGGACUCACACAUCAUAUGUUUUUCUCCUCGCUGCUUUUCUCCUGCCGGUGCUGGCUACAUUACAUCUGGCUGUCGACCUAUAUCGCAUUCAACAUGCAUUUAUAGCCUUACCAACAAGAGUAGCAAGGAUGGAAUUCCUUUCGGAUGUUCCAAACUGGUCUUACAUCGUAAAAGACGGCUUGUACUGCACUGAAACGUUUAUCGCUGAUUCCAUAUUGUCGUACCGUUGCUAUGUUGUCUGGGGUAGACGCCUCUGGGCCGGCUUAGUUCCGUUCGUGCUAUGCAUAGGCACUAUAGGAUGCCUAAGCGUUGCGAAUAACCAAUCUGGUGGCAUUUUUCAGUCUGAGGUCGACGGGUUCAUCACGUCAUUCUGGUCCUUCACUCUUGCUACGAAUGUGGUCGCCACCAGCCUUAUCACAAUACCCCUCGCUCGAUCUGAGCGUCGAAUGCUCCAUUAUGCUGCUCGAGAUGACCUCGCGCCAGUCAUCACAGUAGUGGUGGAGUCAGGAGGAAUAUAUUGCUGCACUUGCAUCAUCACAUUCAUUUUCUUCGCCUCGCGCUUGAACCUGCAGGUUUUGGUACUCAACACGAUAUCUUCAGUUAUAGUUGUGGUCUUCAGUCUGGUGCUGUCCAGGAUUGGUCAUCGAGCCGGCGGCCAUCCUUCACUCAAGGGUUCUCCUAGUUCGAGACAAUUUCCGAGCACACCUCGUGAACGAGCACACGUCACGACAUUGCCUAGGACAGCACCAGUCGAAAUACACAUGACAAGGUUUAUCGAGCAUGGCUCUGGAAAAGGUGAUCGUGGCCUAGAUUUGGGAAACAAGGAGGACGGUUUGUCUGUAUAG